AUCAUUGGAGAAAAUUAUGUGUUUUACGGAAGAAUGGGUAAAGUAGACCUGCAAGAAUUAACAAUUAAAUAUAUUGUCGUUGCUUAUGAAAUGGAUUCAUCGCGUACAAUUGCAAUAUAAUUUCCAUUUAAAAACAUGGAAACGGAUAUGGAGAACUUAGAGCAUGGAAAUGAAAUGAUAGUCGUUAACUCUGAUUUAGAUGUUAAUGUCUCGUUUAAUGAGAUACAAAGUGCUGUGACACUUACAAAUGCGGAUAUGAUCCGGCAUCUUUGUCGGAAGAACAACAAUAAUGUAAGCCAAGAUAUAUUUGUGGCCUAUAACAUGUCAGGAAGAAAUUGCUCAACAAUAGAAAACACUCUCCAGCUUCCCCGUGAUAUGCGGUUCAACGAAGACAGUUUGGUGUCCAUCCUUGCUUAUAGCUUUUUAUUUAUAGUUGCCUCAGUCGGUAACUUGACAGUUUUUGUAACACUCUUUCGAAAUCGGCAUAGAAAAUCACGGGUAAACCUCUUUAUAAUGCAUCUAGCAAUAGCUGACUUAUUUGUUACAUUUAUCGUGCUUCCCCUAGAGAUAGCGUGGCACAUGACAGUGUCGUGGCAGGCGGGAGACACUGCGUGUCGCACCUUGCUCUUCUUUAGAGCGUUUGGAUUCUACCUGUCGUCUUUCAUACUUGUCACAAUCAGUCUGGACCGUUACUUCGCCAUUAUGCACCCGCUCAGUUUAAAAGAUGGUGAAAGGCGGGGUAAAGUGAUGCUUGUGUUCGCCUGGGUCUGCAGCAUAAUAGCAAGUACACCACAGAGCUUUAUUUUCCAUGUCGAGGCUCACCCAGAAUUUCCCGACUACACCCAAUGUGUUACGUUCAACUUUUUCCCCAGUGAGAAGCACGAACUCGCCUACAACCUAUUUGUGCUGAUAGCUAUAUAUGUUCUACCCCUGAUCGUCAUCACUUUUGCGUACUCUAUGAUACUCUUCGAGAUCACGAAGAAAUCUCGAGAAAGUCAAGAAGAGACUUGUAGCUUGGCUCAAAAAACUGAAACUCGGCUGAGAAGAUCGGGUAUUGGAAACAUAGAGAGGGCCAGGAUAAGAACCCUCAAAAUGACCGUUAUGAUAGUUCUGGUAUUCCUUGUGUGCUGGACUCCUUACUUCGUCAUGAGCUGCCUUUGGUGGUUUGAUUCUGAAAACGCCAGGAAGGUCGACCCAAAAAUACAAAGAGGACUUUUCAUAUUUGCAGUUUCCAACUCCUGUAUGGACCCAAUCGUAUAUGGCUUUUAUAUGAUCGACUUUAAGAGGGAGUUUAGACGAUGCUGUUGCUGUCUCCGUAGUAACUACCAAGACGCCGUGAUCUAUGGGAAUGCACGAACUUACACGAAAACACCAAUUCCUCUAGUUUUGAAUGAUUUGAGUGAUGUGGGUCGUUAUGGCAGCGGAGAUGGGUCUCAAAUAAACAAUUCGAAUGACCCUCUAAUUCAGCGCUCGAAUGGAUCUCUUUGGUGCAAACAAGACUGCAUGGAUAAUCAUCGACUGUCACAUUCGGAAUUCAUGAACUCCUUGGGUUCGCAUAUAGAGCAAUCCCCGUAUAAAAUCCAUUACAAGAGUGGGCGAUGUAAUAAUAAUUCGUCGAUAAGUUCCUCUAGCACACAUGACAUUAGUGUUGACGAUGCUGAUUUUAGCUCAACCCACUGUCGCCCGAGUGCUAGGCGCAAGGGGUUCAAUGAUUUUGUCUAGGAGGCUCUGAUGUCGCUUUGAUUGGCGUUACCGUCACGUGUAAGAUACUUUCCUAAAUGAGCUCAACGUCAUAAUAGCUAGAUAUCAUCAUGUCUAGUAUAGAGACAUAUUUAAAUGUACUUAGUAUGUCUCUGUCUUGCCACAAUAUAGAAUGGCGUGUACCUCAAAUAUGUAAGAUUGCUCAGAGAUUUAUUAUCUGGAACAUUAUCAGUAUUUUAUCUAUUGAUAUUGGAAUGAAUGGUCAGGUGCAUAUCAAAAAUAUAUUGAUGACUGCUAAAAAUCAAAAUCAAAAUGAAUACUAGUUCAUGGACGAUACCGAACUCCGUGGCAGUACUAGUCUUUAACUAUCAGUGUCUACUCCGAGACACUGCAUGGGAGUUUG